AUGUCUUCCUAUCUCGAAAAGCAGCAAAGGGCUUUCAAAAGCAAUGUUACAUCUGCCGCGACCAAAGUCUCUACGAAGCGCCCGAACCUCACAGCUCAGCCAGAGUCUGCCCCUUCGCCAGCACCGUCGAACGCAUCGGCUACAUCGAAGCUCCAAAAGGAUGGUAAACGCAAAAGAGAAACCCCAAAUAUCGUAUACUCCCAACCUGCCUCAACCGGCCAUGGCAACGAAACUCUCACCCAGAUUACGUAUGUUAUCGACGACUUCUUGAAGAAGAAGGAUCAACCGAAGACAAUUCACGAGAUUAUGUCCUGGCUCAGUCAAAGCAACGUUGAAGAGGCGAAGAAACGACUCAUCGUCAAAAUCCUCAAGCUUCAUGACCGGGUCAAAUGGAUUCCCGACCCCAAUCUGAAGGUCCAGACUUGGGACUCGGGGACUUUCCUCUAUCUGCCGUUGAUCGAUGUUCGGUCGAAGAACGAGUUAAUCUCUCAUCUACAAACCCGAGCUGAUGCACGAGGUGUUCUUGUCAAAGAUUUGAAAGAUGGCUGGCCUAAUUGCGAGGACGCUAUUGACGAACUGGAAGCCGAGCACAGGAUCCUAGUGACCAGAACGAAGAAAGACAACCAUGCCAGGAUGGUCUGGAGCAACGACCCUUCUCUGGUUCACAAGGUUGAUCAAGAGUUCAAAAAUAUGUGGGCCGGAAUUCAGUUACCAAGUGUUGAUGAUCUCGUGCGACAACUCCAGGAAGCCGGCCAAAAGCCAGCGAGUGAAGACCCCAGCAAGCGUGUAAAGGGCCCUCUCAAGCCAAAGGAGAAGAAGAAGAAGGCUCCCAGAAAGGGUGGCAAGGUUACGAAUGCACAUAUGGCACACUUACUUAAGGACUACGAUAAGUCGAAGAAAUAG